GUUUUCAAUAUAUCUGGUCCCCAUUUAGAGAAAAACGAAGCAACAAUAAUUGACACUCUCUUUCUCUCUAUCAUCUUCAUCAUCUCUUCUUCUUCCAACUCUUGGUCUGAUCCUCUUACAAGAACACACAAAUGGCGUUCGCAGGAACAACCCAAAAAUGCAUGGCCUGUGACAAAACCGUGUACCUCGUCGACAAGUUAACCGCUGAUAACCGGGUCUACCACAAAGCUUGUUUCCGUUGUCACCAUUGCAAAGGAACUCUCAAGCUUAGCAACUACAACUCAUUUGAAGGAGUUCUCUAUUGCAGACCUCAUUUCGAUCAAAACUUCAAGAGAACUGGAAGUCUUGAGAAAAGCUUCGAAGGGACACCAAAGAUUGGGAAACCAGAUAGACCUUUGGAGGGAGAGAGACCUGCUGGGACCAAAGUGUCCAACAUGUUUGGUGGAACUCGAGAAAAAUGCGUUGGCUGUGACAAAACUGUCUAUCCAAUUGAGAAGGUGUCGGUGAAUGGCACAUUGUACCAUAGGAGCUGUUUCAAGUGCACACACGGAGGCUGCACGAUAAGUCCUUCGAACUACAUAGCUCACGAAGGGAAGCUUUAUUGCAAGCAUCAUCAUAUUCAGCUUAUCAAGGAGAAAGGAAAUUUGAGCCAGCUCGAAGGAGGAGGAGAAAAUGCCGCUAAGGACAAAGUCGUCGCUGCUUAAACAGUUUCAAUUUUGACCAUCGAAGAAUCACUAUAGUGUCUCUCUACUUCUCGAUCCAUGACAUAUAUAUUGGUUUUGUUUCUUCUCAAGUAUGUGUUCUUUUUGUUGUUGUUGUUGUCUUUCAUCUUGUUUCUUUUGGGAACUCUCCAAGGGUGAUAUGUUCACUCUUUGUUGGGUUUCUUGAGAUAAACAAACAAAAUAGAGAAAUAACGGAUGUUUGCUUAUGAAAUAAUAUACAUUAAGUUCAUA